GUUAUAACGUUAAAGCCCAACUGCUGUUUUUCCAGCGUUCAAUGUAAUGUUUAUUUGAAGAAGAUAGGACGAUAGCAGAAGAAAAGUGUUUUUAUGUGUGUUUUAAAAGCGAUGUGAAGCUUAAAAUCAAUUAACUUUUGUAUUUAAAAUUUACUCCCCGAAAUAACAUUUUAAAAAAACUGUGCGGAAAUUAAAAGGUUGUGACCUUAGCUGCUACACAAAUGCCGAAAACUUCGAGACAACCAUUUACUGAUCAUACAAACACGCUAAAUAUGAAUAGUGCCAAAACUGAUAAGCGAAAUACUUCAAAAAUUGCUACGAGAACACGAAGUGUUGUCAAGAAAUCUAAAGCCGCCAAAUCUGACAGCCAUUUACUAAGGGAUGCUGACGAAAAUGUUAUAAAAACAACCCUGAUAUCAAGCCCCAAUAAACAAACUAAAUCUGACAAUUUACCUACAGGUAAAACUGGAUUAUCUCACAAAAUUUCAAAGGACAAUGCUGCAAACAAAAGUCCACGAACUACCAAAAAGCCCAUUGAAAAAUCAGAAUCAAAAACAACUCCUGAUAAACCUAAAACAAACAAAAAUAAUUCUAAAUAUUCAUAUUGUUAUAUUAAACUAAAACCAGGUGACAGAAUAUGUGACCAAAUCUCAAAGAACAAAACUCUGGUGAAAAAGAUUAAAACAACACAAAAGUCCACUAAACCCAUCACUACUAACAAUAGGCCUGAAGUUGUAAAAGGAAUCUCAAAGAUCAAAAUUACUGAAAAACCAUUACAAAAUGAAGAUUCUCAAAAAAUAGUUUCAAAACAGCUAAAAGUUGUUUUAGUAAGGUACAUGCCAGAUAAACAAAAAGUUACUUUUCACCCUAACUUACAAAAGGAUAAAAAACAAUUUGACUUGAAAAACCAACCAACAGUAGAUCCCCAACACUGUAGUCCUGAAAAAUCAGUGCCAUCAAAAACAAAUGUUCCUUGCGAGCAAACUAAGUCAGAUUUUAUUCCUACACAAGUUACCACCAACUCAAAUUUACAAAAAAAUAAAAAGCGUUAUGGCUUAAGACAAGGAGGAAAAGAAAAUUUGAAAUACAAGGAGGAAUUUGUGCUAGACAGUGAUAGUGGAAAAUCAGAGGAACACGAACCAGUUUACAAGAAGGCACAUUCUGUUCCCAUCUACAAACAUCCCAUUCCAAAAUUGCCACAAAACCAACCACAAACUGAAGAUCCUUAUGAUUUUACCCCGGAAUUUACAGAUGUAAAAUUGAAUAAAAAAAGACCACAAAAAGAUAUUUCAAUUAUAUAUGACAAAGACACGCAUGAAAUUGUACAGAAACUUGAAAAGAAAGAGGCUAAGCUCAAGAAACGAAUACAAAGAAAAAAGAAGCCUUAUGAUAAAAUUAUUGGAGAUAUUGUUUCAAAUGUCAUGCAGAAAAUAACUAAAAAAACACUGAAAAAUCCUCUAAUUACUAAAAUGGAUAAGACUAACAUUGACGUUGCAGUGGAAUUUAUUAAAAGUCAUGUGCCAACUACUACUGAACUGCCAAGUACAAGCACUGCUAAUAGUGUGCAAAAUGUUGCCAUAAGAAAACCACAACCUAAAUUUACUGUUUUGAGUAAUAAAUUAUUGAAAAAGGGUGUUACAGAACCAGAAAUUGAUGGUAUUUCAAGUGAGGAUUUGCCAAGUACUUCUGCAAAAAGUCUGCAAGAUGUUGCAGUAAGAACACUAGUACCUGAAUCUACCUCUUUGAAUAAUAAAUUACCAACAACCAGCACUACAGUACCAGAAAGCGCCCAGAAAUCUAUUGUAAAUCAGGAUUCAAAGACUAUAAAUACUGACCAAAGAAGACUCUUCAAGCAAGUGCCAAAAACCAGUAUCGCCUUUUUGAGACAGGAUUUACCUACUACAAGUACUCCAAACAGAACAUCCAAUUUAUGUAAUAAAUCACUAAAUGAAGCCGACAGAAACUCUUGCUUUGGCUUCGAUGAUGAUGAUGGUUACCUUUCACCUUUGGCAAAUUCAUCAGAUGAAACUUUGGGGUCUCCUGUAGAAUUCCAUAAAAAACCAAAUGCCAAUAGUACAAUGGUGGGCGUUCAAUAUAAUUCAAGACCAUCUAGAGCAGAAGGUCCAAGAAUAAGUUAUUUCAACUGCAAACAUAAUGGACUACCUUCAGGGAGCCAACAGAUUUUUAUUGAUCACACUAUUGCGGAAGCAUUUGAACAUACGCAUACACCUUCAAAAACUCCCCUUCGUGAGGAGUUUCCUGCAAAAAGGCCAGCAGUGCAGCAAAGUAUAUUGGAUUAUGUUGACCACAAUGACCACCUGACUUACCAGAAUAAGACGCUGGAAGCUUCUCUGUAUAAUAUUGAAGAGUUACAAAGUCCAAAGAAGAAGAAAGAAACACCACACAUUGAAAAUGUGAAUUUGGCAAAAAGAAUCAUACAAUUUCCUACUGGUUCCUCCAUUAAACGAAAACCUUUAGGAGACAUAAGCAACUCUUCUGAUGAAAUCACAUUUUAUAGAUCUGAUAGUAGCCCUAGAAAAGCUUCCAAAAACGUUUCUGAUGAAAAUGCUAAACCCUUCAGGUUUGACCCAAAUUUGCUAAAAGUUUACAGCAAAAAAAAACGCAAUAAUCAAAUCCAAAAAGAACCUGAAGUUAAGGAUAAAGCUCGUGAUGAAGAUACUGAGGAAGCUACUGCUGAAGAAACAAGUAUUUCAAUAAUGGAAAAUUCGAGGGAAAAUUCUGAUGAGAAUGUGGCUGAUGUAGGAUUGUUUGAAGAUCCAGAAAAAGUGCUAGAUGAUAUGGCUUUAAAUGAAAUCAGUUUAAUGGAAUUCAAAAGGAAGAGACAUGGUACCCAAAAAAGGAAAGCCAAGAAGACCAAAUUGGAUGCUGAAGCAGAAACCUGGAUCCAACAGUUCAAUGAUAAGUGCCAAGCAAUUGAGCAGCACCAGCUCGAAAUAGAGUAGUUUUUUUAAUUCAAUAAUGAUUAAGUUUAACAUUUGUAGAAGUUAUUUGGGGUACUCCCCAGGUCGUUUUUUUAACAGCAUUUAUUUAUUUGUUUUUUUUUUUUUGUUGUUUUGCCAUAAUAUGUAUUUUGAUUUUGUUUAUUUCGAUGUUUAUUUAUUUUUCCAAUUUCAUAAUAAACUAGGUGUAUAAAUA